AUGAGAGAAGCUCUAAAUUUUUUAGUAAACUUCAAAAAUUUUUCUCUCCCCUUAGUUUUUGCAAUUUUUGCACUCAUAUCAGCAGCUCCAGUUUUUGCGCAACAGUCAGAUAUAGCUUCUGAAGCUCAAACGCUUAUCGAUAUUUUGGAGAAUGAUGAGGCGCGAGGCGUGCUUAUUAAUAGCUUACGUGAAGUCGCAGCGCCCUCAGUGUCUGGUGCAAAUAACACCAUAGGCCUUGAGCGUGUUUCUUUGGGUCGGCAAAUUGCACAACUGACUUCAGAAUUCAUGGAGGCAGGCGCCGCCUCGUUAUCAUCGGCUGUUUUGGGCUUGAUUUCAGUAACUACGCUCAUCUCUUCUUUGGACAGCAGUCAAUUUUUAGCACUUGGUGAUGCCCUGAUUGCACUGGCGGUUGUUUUAAUCUCCACUUUGGUGAGUUAUUUUUUCCUGCGCAAGCUUUCUAAGAGAGCUUAUAGAAAGUUUGGUUCUCAGUCGAAAGAUCUAGAUAUCAUUGGAACUGUGGCGAUCUUUAUUGCGACAGUUAUCAUUGAUGCGCUUGUUGUAAUCUUGUCAUGGGGAUUUGGGUAUUUUGCGGCACUGUACCUGCACGGAGAUCCGGGGGUGAUGGGGGUGCGACAAUCAUUGUACUUAAAUGCUUUCUUGAUUGUUGGUCUCGUAAAAGUUUUGGUGCGUGCAAUCCUAUCUCCAACCACUCAAGAGUUGCGCUUCGUUCCAAUGUCUGACGCAUCUGCGCAGAAUUUGUCCUUUUGGAUGGGGAGUAUCGCAACUCUUAUUGGCUAUGGUCAAUUAAUGUUUGUGCCGAUCGUUAACCAGCAAGCGUCGUUUAGUGCUGGACGAGGUAUAUCAACCCUUCUCGCUUUUAUAGCAAUUUUUAUAAUGCUAAGUCUUAUUCUGCGAAAUCGAGAAAGCUUUGCAUUAUGGGUCUUGGGGGAAAAGCCAGAAUCCAGAUCUAUAUUUGUUAAAGUUUUUGCAAAGCUUUG